AUUUAUUUAUCUUCUCUCUCUUCCCUCUUGUUCACAUCCAAACCUUAAUCCUAACCGUAACCCAUCUACCGCCGCUGCCUGUCGUACCCAUCUUAAAACCUCUUCUCCUUUGUAGUGACCAUCUCAUGUUCAUCUUCUGUGUCACUAUGUUUUCCAUUUUCAAUUCGCUUCCGUUGAUUUUUUAUUCUUUCAUAUUCUGCUUCAUUUACAAAAAGCAUUGUGUAGGUUAUUGAUCUAAAAGGUUGCUGAGUCUUGUGACCUAAGAGAAAACUAGUUCUAUUACAACUGUUAUUGAGACGAUGGAGUUUGUUGGUUCCUCAACUCAUAAGAAGCAUAAGAAGUAUAAGAAGCAUAAGAAGCAUAAGGCAAAAGAUGAUAUAAUCAGCGAUCUACCGGAAUCAGUUAUAAAUUACAUUCUCUCGUUUCUCCCCACAAAAGAUGCUGUUCGUACAAGUGUGUUGUCUAAAAGAUGGAUAGAGAAGUGGACAUUAAUCACCAAUGUGGAGUUAGACGAUAGUGUCUUCUAUUCUUCCAAGAAGAAAUCUGAGCGGAAAACACUCCAACAGUGCUUUAUAAACUUUGUCAAUAGAGUUCUUCUGCUUACCGGAAGUCAUAGUGUGGAAAGUUUUUCUCUUGCCAUUGCUAACAAUUAUGAUCCAUCUGUUCUAAAUACCUUGAUCACUUGCAUCUUGAAGAAAAGGGUAAAAAAACUUUCUAUCUCUUUGAGUAAAGAACUCACCUUCUCUACUCUUACAACUUACUACCUUUACAAUCAUGCCACUUGUUUAGAAGAAUUGGUGCUCACGAUCAAGACUUAUUAUUCUGCAAUCAAAAUCCCUCUCUAUAAGAUUUCUGGUGUUUUUCUUUUUACAAGUCUAAAACUUCUCAAGCUGUAUGGAGUUACAUUUACAAUUGACAAAUCUCAGCAGAUUAUUUUUUCAGUAUUGAAAAAGUUUGAGUCACAAAACUGUUUAUGGUUAAGCGCGGGUGUGGCUGAUGUCACUUUAGAACUAAAAGCACCUCUACUUGAAAGUGUUUACAUAAUGCAAAACCGUGUGCCACUAACUAGUGAGCUGCCCUGCAAAAUCAAAUUUUCUGAUUCACGUCUGAAAGAAUUCACUUAUGAAGGUGAUGGUAUGACAAAAGAUAUUGUUCUGUCUGAUCCACCUUCAGCUUGCAAUGCUACUUUUACCAACAAUUUUUCUAGCGUUCAAGAAACUGAAACACGUGUCUCUCCUCUUCUCGAGCAAUUUAGUCAAGUGAAGAGGAUCAAAUUGCAGUUUUAUACAGAACCAAAUGUAGCUAUUCUGCCUAAAUUUGCAAUGUUGAGCUAUUUGGAGCUUGGCUUUGUUGAUAUUAAAUUUUUGUUGGGAUUAUUUCAAAACUCUCCUGCUCUCAAUACUCUACUUUUCAAGGGAUUAUUGGAAUCCGACCAUGAGCUUCUUAACUCUGCUGCUGUGCCAGAUUGUUUGACAUCGAGUCUCCAAGUUGUGAAAUUUGGAGAUGUUCAUGGAGACGAGUACGAGCUUUUAUUAGCUAAAUAUUUAAUGGAAAAUGGUACAGUGCUUGAAAGGAUGUGUUUCUCCGUUUCUUAUGUAUGUUUGGGUAAGCGUAAGGUCAUUGAAGAAUUUAAGGAGAAGCUGUACUCAUUUAAGAAAGGAAUCUCUUUUGCCAUACUUGAAUUUUCAUAUGAUUAUUGCUAGUUUGUAGAAACAAGUGGUGCUUGUCUACAAUGUUUCUUUUGUUUGUUGUAUAUAUAAUGCCAAGAUGCGUACAAUAUGUUUUUUUGGAUACAGCAUAUGAUGUUGCUUGCAAGUAAUUGUCUACAAUUGGUGGUGACUAUACUUUUGGCUAUAAAAUUGUUUUGUAUAUUAGCAGCAAUUAGCAAGUCUGUCUAUAUUUAUCUGUUCUAGAAAGAAAAAGAAAAAGUAACUAGUGGUGUCUAGUGGUGUCUGUUACAUGGAUGAAAAGGACAAACAAGUUGCCAUGUAGUCUUUGAACUAAUUAGCAACACAAAAAUUUAUCAUCUGUUUGGUCCCUCGGCUACUGCCAUUUAUAACACAUUUUAUCUUCAUUUGUUUUCCUUAUUUUUUUUACGGUUAGUAAUUUCCAUUAUUUAUUAUUGGGUAUUUUGGAAGAAAUAAAGUGUAAAGAGAAUGAAAAGAAUGAAGUAGAUAUGAUGAAUUAGAAUGAAAUAAACAAAUGAUAUUGGUGAGAAGUGAGAACAAAAAUGGUACUCAAAUUACAAGUGCAUAAUCACCCGAACCACAUACUAAAGCUUAUGUGACUAGCUAACUCAGGUCGGUCCUUGAGAUAUUUUCUCCUGAUAAAUGAUGCAGCUUCAGUAGCAAGGGCCUCCUCCACAAGUGCAAUGCAGCAUCCUCUAAACCCAGCACCACUGAAAUGUGCUCUCAAUACACCAGGAGCUCUCAGUUGAAUCAGUGGUUCAGGACCUUGGCAGACACAUAAUUUCACAUGAUCAUCAAUAUUCAAUGAAAGAUUUAGGGAGCAACAAA